ACACCUUCCCCGGGAAGCAAAAUAUUGAACACUUGGUUCCGGAUAGGUUUGAAGACUAAGAAAUUGUUCCAGGCCGGACGAUAGUAGGCGGCUAGCCGGUGCGAGAUGGUAGUGAUGAGCUGUCAGUGCAAGAUUUAAUAUCUCCAGGACGGAGACAUCCAAAGAAAGAAUGACGCUCACUCAGAAAGACAGCAGACAGCGGCGCCAGCAUUACCAGCUCUCUGAGAUGAGCGGCAAUGACCAAAACUGUCACGAUGAACUGGAGGAAGGAGACGGGGAGGCAUUGUUACAGGAAGUGCCUGCAAGCAGAGGACUCGCAGGUCUCCGAGGAGAGUUGGGGAAUAUCCUCUUACUCCUCUUCUUAUAUAUUUUGCAGGGAAUUCCUUUGGGACUGGCUGGGAGUAUUCCCUUAAUUCUCCAGAGCAAAAACGUUAGUUACACAGACCAAGCCAUUUUCAGCUUUGUAUUUUGGCCUUUCAGUCUGAAGCUGCUCUGGGCACCACUGGUGGACUCCUUGUACAUCAAGAGGUUUGGCCGCAGAAAAUCCUGGCUGGUUCCUACACAGUACUUGAUUGGACUGUUCAUGAUGUACCUGUCCGUAACAGUGGACGAGCUCCUGAACGGAGAACACGGACUUGAUAUGUUGGCCUUAACUGCUACUUUCUUCCUGUUUGAGUUUCUGGCUGCCACUCAAGACAUUGCUGUGGAUGGCUGGGCCCUGACCAUGCUGUCCAGGGAAAAUGUAGGUUAUGCAUCUACAUGCAACUCUGUAGGCCAGACAGCGGGAUAUUUCAUGGGGAAUGUUCUGUUCCUAGCGCUUGAAUCUGCAGACUUUUGUAACAAGUACUUAAGAUCUACGCCACAGCCUAAGGGAUUGGUGACACUUCCAGACUUCUUGUUCUUCUGGGGAGCAGUAUUUCUGAUAACCACAACUUUGGUCGCACUGCUGAAGAAAGAACACCCAAAUGGGAAAGUUAGUAGAGAAGAGACAGAAAGUGUGAAGGAGGCAUAUGGAUUACUGCUGAGCAUAGUGAAGAUGCCCGCCGUGCAGAAAUUCUGCCUCAUGAUUCUAACCGCCAAAAUUGGAUUUUCAGCGGCUGAUGCGGUUACUGGUCUUAAACUGAUAGAACGGGGAGUCCCCAAAGAACACUUGGCACUUCUGGCAGUUCCAAUGGUUCCACUGCAAAUAUUACUGCCACUGAUAAUCAGCAAGUACACUGCGGGGCCCAAACCGCUCAAUGUCUUCCAUAAAGCCAUGCCUUUCAGGUUGCUCAUUGGCCUGGAAUUUGCCUUCUUAGUUUGGUGGACCCCACAUGUAAGCCAUGAGGGAGGGUUCCCCCUUUACUUCUACGCAGCCCUGCUGCUGAGCUAUGCCUUACAUCAGGUUGCAUUGUAUAGCAUGUUUGUGGCAGUCAUGGCUUUUAAUGCCAAAGUUAGUGACCCCUUUAUUGGAGGAACCUAUAUGACCCUUUUAAACACCGUUUCUAAUCUUGGAGGGAACUGGCCAGCCACAAUGGCUCUUUGGUUUGUCGACCAUCUAACAAGUAAGGAAUGUAUUGGAGCAGAUGGACAGAGCUGUGCUGACCAUGAAGCUUCUGAGUUGUGUACAGGUUUGGGAGGCUCCUGUGUGACCAUACUAGAUGGUUAUUAUGUAGAAUCAGUCAUAUGUGUCGUCCUUGGAUUCUGCUGGUGGCUGUUUCUGGGACCCGCAUUUAAAAAAUUACAGGAUGAAGGCCAUUCUUCAUGGAAGUGUCGGCGGAGAAGUUACUGUUAAAGACUGAAGACACAUUGUGAACAUCUUUCUGCCACUUAACGGUGGAUCUUAAAAAGUGUUUCCUUCCAUAGUUUGGGAGAAUGGGAUAGGAGCUACCUUCUACAUUACAGUCAGAAUCCGCUGCACCACUUGGUCUGUUGAUGGAUAUUUAUGUAGAGUUUCCAUGCAUUUCCCUGCGGUACAUUCCCUAUAUUUGAAUGUGUUUUAAAAUGGAAUUUACUUGAUACAAGAAAGUUUAUUCAAAGAGGUCUGGUGAGCUCUUCUGACAGGUCUGCAGUAAUAAUUGUAUUCUCCAUGAGAUAACCAUUCUGGAUAUUAUAACUCUGUGCCUUCUGUUAUUCCUACUAGAAAUGUAUAUGCAUGAGUAAAUUAACAACUGGUUGUAGCCAUUCCCCUUGUCAUAGAGGUGUGUCCCUACACAGUCUGACACUGAGUGCAUAGGGACAUACCCCCUACUGGUCACACCCAAUUAUCAAUGGAUUUUUACAUUUCUAGUAGUAAUAACAAGAACGGCACAGCACGUUUAUAAGAGAACAUACUCCAUUGUUAUAUUAUGGGAAAUAUAAGCUGUUAAGGGAGCCGACAUAUCCUCUUUAAAGUAAAUGUCUGGCCUUACAGGUAAUCUGUUGUAUUGAAGGCAGGAGGAGCUGAGCAGAUUGGUGUAUAGUUUGGUAGGAAAACUUUAUUGGCUACAAUUCCUUUCUUUCUUUGCUGAGGAGUCCAGUGGGUGGUCUCACUCGUAAUUGACAACCAUGCAUACAAGGCAGGUUGUCGGUCUCUGAUUAAGACCACACGCUGGACUCCUAAGCAUAGAAAAAGCAGGAAUUGUAGCCAAUAACUUACAAGCUAUAAUAAAAGUUUUCCUACCAAACUAUAUAUCAGGGAUGCUCAACCUGCGGCCUUCCAGCUGUUGCAAAACUACAACUCCCAGCAGAGGUCGCACUACGUUUUUUCCAGAAGAGUAAAAAUACUCCUCUGACCAUUUUUGAGGAGUAUUUUUUCCCCGAGGAGAAGUACGAAAGCAGCAGUAAUACAAAUACAUAAUACAUAGACCUACGCUUGCUCAGGCUGCGUUUGGAGCCUCUGUUGCAGAUUCUGUCAAACACCAGACAAAAAAGCCUUGUAUGCAGCACUUUUUUGUCCGGUAAAAAGACAGGCUCGUGAACGGAAACUAAACGGACUCCUUCGUACUUGGCGGUGUCUGUUCAGCUUCUUCCCUGUCAGUCAGGCUGGGCUCAAAUCAAAUUUAAUGUACACUAAAAUCAUAUAUAU